CUCAAAAAGUUUUCAGACUUUGCCUUAUACUAUGGAAGGAAUGUCAUGAUCUAUUGUGGACCACAUUUGUUUUUGGUUACCAGCGAUCCCGAAGUGGUAAAAGAUAUUCUAACGUCAAAAUUAUGCAUAAAUAAGCCCGAUCUUGUAUAUGAUGGAAUAGCUCAUGUUAUCGGACGAGGUUUAAUCACUUUGAGAGGUGAUAACUGGUACCAUGAGAGAAAAAUCUACAAUGAAUCCUUCAAAAUUGGAAAACUACAGGCGAUUUUACCAGUUUUUAACAAGAAAAUGAAAACCCUUUUCCACAACAUUGAUGAAGAUAUUAAAAAUGAUAAGAGCACUCCAUUGUUUUACUAUACGCGUGAAUAUACCUUGAGUGCAUCGUUCGAGACAAUGAUAGGCAGAGACUUGGAUAAAGUUGAUGGCGAUGUAAAAGAAAUUCUACUUAAUUUCUCCGAGGCCGCAGAAUAUGCUUCUCAUCUAGCCAGCAAUUUUAUAUACUUAGUUGCAUUUGUGCGUAAAAUUGCUGAGAAGAGUAUCUUCAAGAAGGCUUUGGAGGUGACGAAAGGCAUUCAUCAAUUCAUUUCGAUGUCACAAAAAAAUUAUACCAAACUACGAGGAACCGAUCCAAGUUAUGUUCCAAAUAUUGAUACGCCCAUGGAAACACUGGAUAGAGCAGUUGAACGAAAUGAACUCAAACUGGAAGAAGCUACAGAAGGAAUUUUUCAACUAUUUAUUGGAACUUUUGAAACUAACUCCACCGCUUUAUAUUUUGCCCUAAUAAUGUUGGCCAUGCAUCCGAAAAUUCAAGAACGAGCCUACAAACAUGUCUGCGAUAUUUUCCCCAACAAUGACAAUGGCGAAUUUGUCGUCACCUAUGCUCAUUUAAGCCAACUUGGAUACCUUGAUAUGAUCUUAAAUGAAACAAUGCGAGUAUUGCCCAUAGUACCUCAAGUGGGCCGCAAAGUUGAAGGUGGCAAUUUGAAACUGAGCAAUGGUGUUGUUUUGCCCGAAGGUUUAAGAAUACUAAUUGAUAUCUAUAGCCUGCAUCGCAGCAAGGAUAUUUGGGGUCCCAAUGCCCACAAAUUCAAUCCAGACAAUUUCUUAAGCAGCAAUAGCAUGGAGAGACAUCCAUUUGCAUUUAUACCAUUUACGAAAGGAAUUCGUUCAUGUAUAGGCAUUCGAUAUGCUGAAUACAACUUAAAAGUCGCUUUGGCAAGACUCAUUAAGAGAUACAAAUUUUCAUCAGAUGCAAAAAUGGAAGAUUUGAUUGGUGAAAAUCACAUAGUGCUGCAAUUUAUUCAUCAACCCAAAGUGACUGUAGAGAGGAGGCGAACGAUAUCAAGUGAAUGAAAAUUUAGCCUAAAAUUAGCAAAGACCAGUAUAAUAAAUAUAAUAAUGAUUGAAAUAUAUAAAAAAUAAUGCAUUACACUGUAA